ACCCAAAGAUCGGUCUCAGUCGCUGGCGGGAGCUUGAAAAUGUGAAAUCGCGUUUGGAAGCACGGGAUUUCGGCUGGUGGAAUUGCUGCCAUACCAAGUGGAACUGGCAAAAAACAUCCGCCCCACCAUAUCUGUGAUUAUAUAGUACCCAUCUUACGAGCUUUUAAUUAGAAAAUUAAUUCAAAUCGAAUAUAGUGUUGAUAAUCCUGUAGAAAAAAAAACUGCCCUACAUAUAGCACAAAAUCCGAGAUCGAAUCAGCUAAUCAGCCGGAUUAAGGUAACAUGAAAUCCACAAUUUCUUUGCUGCUGGUUGUCAUCUGCACCGUGGUCCUGGCCGCCCAACAGAGCCAAGCGAAAAAGGGUUGCCAGGCCUUUGGCCAUGUGUGUUACGGUGGACAUGGCAAGCGCUCUCUGAGCUCUGGAUCCGGAACAGGCGUGGGCGAAAUAGCCAACAGCGGUCAGGAGCAGGACUAUUUGCGACCAAAUGGUCUAAUGCCCAUGAUGGCGCCAAAUGAACAGGCUCUUUCUGUACCACCCGAGGCCGAAUUUAAUGACUAUCCCGCCCGCCAGGUGCUCUACAAAAUUAUGAGAUCUUGGUUUAAUCGACCCCGCCGACCAUCCCCCCGAUUGGGUGAACUGGACUACCCUCUGUCGAACUCCGGCGAAAUGAACGCUUUAAACUAACUCCGGAACAUCAUACACUUCUCUACCUUCACAGAAACACACAGCAACAGAAAACACCUCCACAUACCUUAAGAUCAAGAGCCACAAUAAAAUCAGCAGAAAUACCUACAUGGACUAACGAAUGUUAACUUUCGCAACUUGUAUAAAAUUUUUCAUAAAUGUCUACCAAAAAGCAAACCAUUUUCCUGCUAAACUAAAAAAAACUGAAAUUUUUAGGGGCUGGUAAGGAUUUCAGUGCAAAAAAAAUAAUUAUAAUAACAUUAUGGAAAUAAUAAGCACACGAUGGAAAAUAAAUCGAAGAAAAUGGCAAUGAGAGUGUGUUUUAAUGAUUUUACACUACAUUUUAUUUAUGUUGUUAACGAGGAAAGCGAAAGACUAUAUGUAGUUUUAAUUUUAAUUUAAACAAGAACUUACUACUUACUCCAAGAUUAUAAAUCGAUGCGUGUGGCAUCGAAAAACUGUGUGAAAUAUGUAUGUUAAAUGUUAUAAGUGUGUUGUAUAUUUUAGCAAAAAACAAACAUGUUAAUCAAAUUUUAUAUUUAUAAAGAGACGCGCGGUAAAAUAAAACAAUUAAUCUGCUAAAAAAAGCAUAAUAAAUUUGA